AAUUCACGAUAUAAAUCUCAAUUUCAUCUCAGGUAGAUUCCGCGCCGUCAAUCUUCUUUGCUAAUUUCUCGUGGCUCACGAUUCGACGAGGAGGAAUUGGCACUCAAUUGCGCCGCGCUGCAAUUGUUGCGGAUGAUCGCGGCCCGCCACUGCGUUUUCUGAACAGCAAGAAAGGGUGCACCAGUUGCCCUUCGCAAUCUCCGUGGCCAUGUCGCAGAGCAUCAUGUAUAGAGUACUUUAUUGCCGGAGCUGCCUCAAUCAGGCAGCAAGUCUAGGAAGAGGGCAGACACGAUUCUUCACUAGUUCGGGGACAUAUAAGCGAGCGUGGAUCCCAACGUUCAAACCGACCUCCUCCAAAAACCUCGAUGAACUCCUCUCCCUAUUUCGCGAUCGUGUCUUUAUCCCCGCUUUCCUCACCCCUGCCCAGCGGAGGCUCAUAUACAAAGAAGAUGCCACUACAUCCCUUGAGCAGAACCCUAUCACCGUUACCCUUCAAGGGCAGACUGAAGAAUCCUACAGACUACGCCCAUUAAAAUUUAGCGAAACGCCCAGCAAUAACGCGGUGCGCGGUAUCGUCGAGCUGAUGAAAGAGCCAGAGGAUUGGUACACUCUCGUCCCGCUGCUGAAGGGCUUGUACAGCUCAAAACGCAAACCUAACUUCCUCCUCUGGGAAUUCAUCGUGCGCAAGGCGGGCGAAGCGGGCAUGAAUUCUGUCAUCAUCGACUGUGCAGAGCAAUCUCGCCGCACGGGCUUCUCGCUCGGUGACUACGUGCUGACGGAACUGCUCUUCUCAAACCUCCAUCUCAAAGCUGAGUCGGCGGGUUAUAAGGGCCCGGAAGUCGAGAAGGCGCUAAAACAGGCGAAGCAUGUUGCCAUGUUGAUGAACGCGGAGGACCAUAUGCCUGUGGAUAAGACGAAGCCGGACCCACGACGACAUCCAAAUAUUAUCGCUGUUCUGUUGGAAUUAAGUGCUGCUCGUGCUCUUGACGCCUUCGAGGGCAAGGAUACCCAAGGCGAUGUCCGCUCAUACGCUGAAAAAUUACUGGGCACGUGGGUGCUGAGAGGAAAGUUCGACACAAUCAAAUACCCGAAGAAGAAUGUCCGGAAUGUUACGGAUCUUCCGUCUGUACGAAAGGGAAUCGAGAUGGCCCUACAAGUGGAGGAAAUCAAGAAUGAUGAGAAGCUGAGCCAAGCUCUUAGGGAACGGUUAAACGAACUAGGAACGCCGGCUGAUGGCACACGGGCAUAGGAGGAGGGGGGAAUCGUGGGUCUUGGAAAUGCCCACACACCUGUACCAUAAAACAAUGUACUAGACUUGUUCAUUUUCCUCUUGCAAUGUCCUAUUUUCUUCUUUUUAAAUAUAGUUUUGUGCGAGGUAUAGAUAGAGUAGUUAGCCAAUCUUAUUCGAUGACGUAAUUUUUUACUCUGACAUUGUUUAAGCAAGGUACACAGUUGUCAAAAUAAACCAAAACAAUCCAGGUUAUAUACUCCCA